AUGUCCCUCCAGAGCUGCCCAGCUGCCCCACAUCAACUGAAGCUGGCCACAUUCUCCCCCACCACAACUUCCAUACUCACUGCAAUCAACCUCACCUGCAUCUUUGGACCACCACCACCUUACACCAAGGACCGAAAGGAAAAGCCCUUGCCCAAGCCAGCCAAGAUGUCGCACCCCAGAAUAGAAGAAGUGUCCGACAGCGAAGACAGCAACCUGUCCGACCCCUCCGAAGGCGACAUCGACGACUUUGCCGAAUCCGACAUCAUGCUACAACGCAGUAGUGCCGCCGCUCCCAAAGCCAGCGCACCUCCCCCUGCCUCUCAACCUCAGCUCUACAACCCCUCCGCUGGCCCCUCCUUUCCCGGCACCUCAGGUGGCCCCAUCGCGCCCCAAGACAUCGCCAGCUACCAAUGCCUGUACCCAAUCUACUUCGACGCCUCUCGCACGCGCGCCGAAGGCCGACGCGUCCCGGCCUCCCUAGCCGUGAAAAACCCCCUCGCCCGCGAAAUCGCUAACGCCUGCGCCGCGCUACGCAUCCAGCCCGUCUUCGAAGCACACAAGCUCCACCCCAAAGACUGGGCGAACCCAGGGCGCGUGCGGGUGCAUCUCAAAGACACGUCAGGAAAAAACCCGUACAUCGGGCAAAUCAAGAACAAGCACCAUUUAUACAUCUUGGUCGCGAAACACUUGAAAGAGAACCCGACGACGGAGCACAGCGAUGCGUUGAGAAGAGUUAGGAUCCCGGGACUGCCUACCCCGGAACCGGGGGAGAGCUGGCCAAGACCGGCGGUGCCGCGGGGAUGGAAGAUUAAUGAGUUGUUGCCGGCGUAUAGCGCGGCUAUGACGGGGGGUGGGGUUAGUGAGAAUGCGUUGAAGGACAUCAUGAAGGAGAUGGGAGGCGAUGGGUGGGAUGCCUGGUAUGGGGGGGCCGAGUGGGGGGGAAUGCCUGGCUUGGGUGGAGGUGUGGCAGAUGGUAGUGAGGGAGGAGGUGGUGGGAAGAAGAACAAAAAGGGCAAGGGCAAGGCCUGA